UCACAGCUGAAAGUCAGAGACGCACGUGUUCGGAAGAGGACGGGAAACCAGAGACCGAGUCCGGGACGUGAGCGCGUGAACGGCCGCUGCUGGAGGAAGAGGACCGAACCGAGCCGAGUUUGGAGCGCCAAGAGCCGCAGAGGCGACGCGAGAGAGCCGCUGCUGCAGCACCGGAGGGGCGUACCGAAACAUGGAGCUUCAGGAUAAAGAUCAUCUCCCUGGAGAUGUUUUACCUGUGGUGAUCAUCGGUAACGGCCCAUCGGGGAUCUGUCUGUCGUACCUGCUGUCGGGUUACACCCCCUACCUGUCGCCCGGGGCGUCGCACCCCAACCCGCUGCUGCAGAGCAAGCUGAGCGAGCAGCCCCACCUGUCGCUGCUGGAGCAGGACCUGGAGUACCUGUGUGAAGGCCUGGAGGGCCGCUCGUCCAACCCCGUGGCCGUGCUGUUCGACUCGCUGCUGCUGCCCGACAGCGACUUCGGCUCGGACCACUCAUCGCCGCUGGAGUGGAGAUACGAGCCGGAGCGAGCCGUCCCGCACCUGGUGCUGGGGAAGGGCCUCCCAGGCGGAGCCUGGCAUGCGAUGGAGGGAUCCAUGCUCACUCUCAGCCUCGCCAACUGGAUGGAGCUUCCCGGACUCAAACUCAAGGACUGGAUGAGAGACAAGCGCAGGAACUUGCGAAACGACCGCGCCACGCCGGCUGAGAUCGCGUCCUACUACCAGCACUACGUGUCCCAGAUGUCCCUGGAGCAGAACUUCGCCUGCGGGACCACCGUCACCUCUGUGACUCGAGAGCCGGGGCGGGACGGGGCGCCGCCCUGCUGGAGGGUGUCGGGUCUGCAGCGCGGCGAGGGCGAGGGCGAGGAGGCGCCGUUCUCCCUGCUGGCCCACAGCGUGGUGCUCGCCACCGGGACGCAUGACAUCCCGGCCCGGCUGGGCGUGGAGGGCGAGGCGCUGCCCUUCGUCUGCCACUCCUUCUGGGAGCUGGAGGCGGCCAUCGCCCGCGGCGAGCUGGACCAGGCCUCGGACCCCGUGCUGGUGGUGGGGGCGGGGCUGACGGCGGCCGACGCCGUGCUGGCCACGCACCACCUCAACACGCCCGUCUACCACGCCUUCCGGCGCUCCGUCACCGACCCGGGGCUCAUCUUCAACCAGCUGCCCAAGCUGCUCUACCCGGAGUACCACAAGGUUCACCAGAUGAUGACUCAGCAGCAGCACCGGCCCGGCGGACCCCCCCAGCCCGACGCCCAGACGCUCCACCCCCGCCCCGCCUCCCCCGGCCCCCAGCCCCACCCCCGCUCCUCCUACCCGGGCUACCUCAGCUUCCCGCGCCACCGGGUCGUGGAGUUCCGGCCCGACCGCAAGUGCAUCCUGGAGUCGGGCUCGGGCGAGCGGACGGCAGUGCAGGUCUCCAAGGCGCUGGUCCUGAUCGGCGCCCACCCCAACCUGUCCUUCCUGCCCGGGAACGGGCGCCGGCUCGGCGUCUACCCCGACGAGCCCAUCACGUGCCGCCGCAACCCCGUGGAGGUGGACCCCUUCACCAACGAGGUGGCGGCGGCCGAGGGGCCCGGCCUGUACGCCAUGGGGCCGCUGGUGGGGGAGAACUUCGUGAGGUUCCUGAAGGGCGGGGCGCUCGCCAUCGCCAGCGACCUGGCCCGGAGACAGAGGGAGGGCCGGGACGGCUGGGCGGACCGGCACGCCGCCGUGCAGACGCGCGAGAUCUGCCUUCUGGACUCGUAGCAGGUUUUCCGACGGGCGGAGACGGACCCAGUAGAACCUCCAGGUCAGUGGAUCAGAGGAAGACGCCGACACGCCGCUGACGAAACGAGACGCUCGCCGCUCCGGACUCAGAGACGCCGCAGCCGAGGAGACGCCGGACCUUCAGACCCCUGAAGGGUUUCAGAAGAACUUCCUCUGACGGAACAAACCGCUCCGGGUCUUUUUCUCUGAUUGAUUGAACCUCUCAAAGACACGGUUGAACUUUUCAUCAAUAGACUUAUUUUAUAUACGAUUGCUUUCAGCGUUGAGCUCCAAGAAAUCAAACUCAUUCUUCCAACACUAACUUCAGAAUCACACAGAUUAAGACCAGAACUGAAGCCUUGAGAUUAGAUUAAUUUAAAGAAAUUAAUCAUCUGAAAUUCUUUGAUGUUCUGACGAUGUUCAACACUUCAAAAACCUCACAUAUUGGAAAAAAAUGAAUGUUGAUGCAAUAUUUUACAUUUCUGAACAGGAUUUGGAUUAAUCCGCUUAUUUAAACUUUAAAACGGCCUCUGACUUCUGUUUUUUGAAAAGUGGCCGUAAACUGAACCAUUUAGUGGGUAAAAGCAGCGUGUUUCCAUAUUAGUGGUGUUAUCCAAUGCAGUUCAUCUAAAAAUGCAGUUUUCUCAAAAAGCAGAGAGAAUGAAUGAAUGCACACAGAUAUGCAGUAAAAUUCCAACAUUUUACAGGAAUUAUUUACCUUAAACAUUAGACAGGUUCUGGAUGUUUCACAGCAGGAAAGCAGAUGCAGACUAACUGGAGGAGAGAGAUCUUCUGUGGGAGUUUUACUUCCUCGUCGCCAUCAGAGCCUUAAAUUCUCCAAACCACAUCUGAUCGACUCGCCUUCACCUCGGCCUCCUUUGAGCCGAAUCAUCCCGUUUCUGUACUGAUUCCUCCACUGUUGUUCACACUACGCCGUUAAUUCCUGUUCCGUCUUUUAUAAACUGUCCUUUGUGUUUUAGUAAAUCCAGGUUUUUCUAUUUUUCUAUGAUUUUUAACCUUCUACCAUGCAGCUUUGUACAUGUUUGAUACAGAUAAAUAAAAUUUUUAUACUUUGCUAAGGAGAAAUAUUUGAAUGUGUAUUUAAAUAUUAAUCAGUCUUCCCAAUGUCAACGUGGGAAAGUGUAACUUGAGUUGGGCUUCACUGUCAACAAUAACACUGGUUUUUA